AUGGUUCAAAAAACAAUACUCUGUGACCAGGCUGCUCUGGAGGCCUUGGAUGGACUGAACCUUUUUGGUGGCAAUGGUGGCCCAGAGUCAGUAGUUCAUGCUUUAGCUGAUGACAUACAGUGCUGCCAAUCUAUCCUGAGCUCGAUACUGCCUAGGGCAUCCACAUCCAAAGAAGUGGACGCUGGUGUACUGUCCAUUAUCUCAUACCCAGCCUUUGCUGUAGAGGACACUGACACUGUUAAUAUUACUAAGGAGGACUUUAUUUCCAGACUACAGGGAAGAUAUGGAUGCUGUCGUUUCCUCAGAGAUGGUCACAAAACCCCAAAAGAGGACCCCAAUCAAUUAUACUAUGAGUCAUCCGAGCUGAAGCGCUUUGAAAACAUGGUGAAUUGUGAAUGGCCGGUGUUUUGGACUUGUCUCACCUUAGAUGGAAUUUUCAUCAAUAAUGUCGAACAGGUGCAGGAGUACAGAGAUGCAUUAGAAGCCAUUAUGAUCAAAGGCAAAGAUGGCCUGCGUCUUGCUCCUGAGCUUUAUGCUGUUCCUCCAGAUAAGGUGGAUGAAGAAUAUGUCAGUCCUCACACUGUGGAACGAGUGCCAGUGGGAAUAUGCCCUCUGAAAUGGGGCCAAUCACUUUAUAUUUUGGGUAACUUGUUGACAGAGGGAUUCUUAGCAGCUGGAGAGAUUGAUCCACUCAACAGACGCCUAACCACUAUACCCAAACCUGAUGUUGUGGUUCAGGUUUAAAGUUCCAUCUCUUUUUCUAUCUUGGCUGAGACAGAGGAAAUAAAACAGCUCCUGCAGAACCAUGGUAUUGACUCUGAGACUCUGGAGGACAUCCAUCCAAUCAGAGCACUUAGUCACAUCUAUGCCAGACUGGGCCAUAAUCAAAGGCUAGGCUUGACGUGGAGACCCUACCGCUGCAUUGGUGUGCUGGGGACAUCAAAAUUCUACAUCAUACGGAAUACAAUUUUUUCUUUUACCCCUCAAUUUAUAGACCCCUAACAGUUUUACCUGGCUUUGGAUAAUAAGAUGAUUGUGGAGAGGCUUCGUAUUGACAUCUCCUACCUCUGCUCAUGCUAGAGAUUGACUGGGAGGCCUACUGUCGCUUUUCCAAUCUCACAUAGAAUGCUUAGUGACGAUCAAAAACAAAUGGACCCUGCUGUACUGGCUACCCUGAAAAAGCUACAGGAUGGUUACUAUGGAAGAGCAAGGGUGAAGACUGGGAAGUUGGCAGCAUUUCUGGACACAUCCUGUUGUGCUCAUCUCACAUUCAUGGACUGUGAGAAAGAUGACCUGCUUGCUGUUCCCCAGCAGAGUCCCAUCAGUGCCAUUGAAGAAGGACUCAACUGCUUUAAAGCUGCAGCGAGAAAGACUCGAGACAUGGUGUCUCUGGUUCACAAGGCCAAAGUACUAAACACAGACAAUGUGCAUAUGUACCUUCCCACUAAAGUAUUCCGUGACCCACCACCAAUCCUUCACCUUCUGAAUAAUGAAAGUCAGGUCCCUCAGACAGGAGUCAGUCCUUCAGUUAAUCUGCCCAGAGAUGUGAGUGGUAUGAUUGACUUUUCAGCCCUGGUGCAGAUGUUGAAACAAAGCCAAAACCUGCAAGAUCAGGCUGAUAUCUUGUACAUCUUUUAUAAGGACAAAGGUAUGGAUUGGGAUACCAGGCUGCAUGGUAAAGGCUGGACAGUGAAGCGACUUCUGAGUGACUUGUACGAAAAGGCAGGCAAUCUGAGACACUGGGGCCUUCUUCGAAUGGUGUGUGGUGUGCUCCGCAGGAGAGUUGAAGAACUGGAUGAGUUGAUUGCUUGUACAGACUUGCUUUCACACCAGAAACAUCUGACAGUGGGUCUUCCUCCUGAACCACGAGAGAAAACUAUAUCAGUGUCAGUUCCACCAGACAAGCUAGCAAGGCUUAUUGAUAAAGCUAGUGAAAAGAACCUCACAAUUGCAAUCCUCACUCAGGUUGAGAUAAUGGUCUUCCUGGGCAUGAGCAUCCGAACCCAGCCAAAACUUUUCAAUGAAAUGUUUCGCCUCCGGAUUGGUCUCAUUAUCCAGGUUAUGGCCACAGAACUGGCUGAGUCCCUAAAAUGCUCUGGUAAGGAGGCUACAGAGAGUUUGAUAAACCUAAGCCCAUCUGAGCUGAAAAACCUUCUCCUUCACAUCCUCAGAGGCAAAGAGUUUGGGGUCCAGAGAAGCAUGUGCUGAACUGGAAAUUUUGUAAGCCCAGCCAUCUCUAUCUAUGACAAGAGUAAACAUGGUUCUGGUAAAGAUCAGAUGAAAGGCAGCAGCAAGCCAAAGUCUGACAUCAAGCUGCCCUUAUCAGUGCAUUCUUUGGAUAUCGACAAUAUUGAAUCAGGGAGGUACAAACCCCCAGUAAUUGAGUCAUUUCAAAGUUCAUUAGGAGCAACUAUAGUGUGUGACAGCAGACAAGGCCAGUGGCUUCGCCGUCGACGCCUAGAUGGAGCUCUCAACAGAGUACCUGUGGGAUUCUACCAAAACGUCUGGAAGAUACUGCAGAAGUGUCAUGGGCUCUCCAUUGAGGGCUUUGUCCUUCCAUCAUCAACUACAAGAGAGAUGACCCCAGGUGAAAUCAAAUUUGUGGUGCAUGUGGAGACAGUGCUAAACUGCAUUCCACAACCAGAGUAUAGGCAGCUGUUGGUGGAGACAAUCCUGGUGCUGACCAUGAUGAGUGAGGUUGACAUUCCAAGUGUGGGAAGUAUCAUUCACGUGGAAAAGAUUGCGCAAAUGGCCAGCGACAUGUUCUCUAAAGACCAGGGGACUUUUGAAAAUCUUUUCAAAGUCUCCUGGAAAGAGAUCAUCUGCAGGUUGCUUUAUGACAGUGCACCUAGUAGCUGCUUUGGAAGCAUGACCUAACUGUAUAAAGCUGUAGCCACUUAUGUUGGGGAUUUCGUUCCUACUGGGUCCUGUGCUGUCCAGUGA